GGGGGGCGGCUGUCGGCGCAGCAGCACGGGAGGCGGGGAGAGGUGGCAGGGAGGCGGGGAGAGACUAAAUGUCUGGGAGGGAACGGAGCCUCUCCCGAACCCACGCCGAGAGCGACAGUGAUGCUGCAGAACUGGCCAGAGAGACUCACCGCCGCUGCUCUCCGCACUGGCGGAGACCUCAGUGCCCGCCUUCUGCAGGGGAAGCGACCAUGGCCAUAGCUCGUGACUUGCCCCUUGGCCACUUCCCCUAGAAAGAAAUCCUUGAAAAAGUUGCAUUAGAGAAAAAUCCUUGCUCUGACCUUUGGGGCUGUGGGGGCCGAAGAAGCGUGCGUGCGAGUGCAAGCAAGAAAGCCAAGGUGUGUGUGCAUGGGGGGCCAGAGGUUGGGGCAUCCUCCGCUGCUACUUCGCCUAGUGUUGUUCUGAGGCUCUGCCGCCCCGCUCCCCCGGACCCCGGGACUGCCAUGAGCCCCUGCGGGCGGGCCCGGCGACACACGUCUAGAGGGGCCAUGGCCGUUUUGGCGUGGAAGUUCCCAAGGACCCGGCUGCCGGUGGGAGCCAGUGCCCUCUGUGUUGUGGUUCUCUGUUGGCUUUACAUCUUCCCUGUCUACCGGCUGCCCAACGAGAAGGAGAUCGUGCAGGGGGUGCUGCAACAGGGCACGGCGUGGAGGAGGAACCAGACGGCGGCCAGACUCUUCAGGAAACAGAUGGAAGACUGCUGUGACCCCGCCCAUCUCUUUGCUAUGACUAAAAUGAAUUCCCCCAUGGGGAAGAGCAUGUGGUAUGAUGGAGAGUUUUUAUACUCAUUCACCAUUGACAAUUCAACCUAUUCCCUCUUCCCUCAGGCAACCCCAUUCCAGCUGCCCUUGAAGAAAUGUGCGGUGGUGGGAAAUGGUGGGAUUCUGAAGAAGAGUGGCUGUGGCCGUCAAAUAGAUGAAGCAAAUUUUGUCAUGCGAUGCAAUCUUCCUCCCUUAUCAAGUGAAUACACUAAAGAUGUUGGAUCUAAAAGUCAUCUAGUGACAGCUAACCCCAGCAUAAUUCGGCAAAGAUUUCAGAACCUGCUGUGGUCCAGAAAGACAUUUGUGGACAACAUGAAAAUCUAUAACCACAGUUACAUCUACAUGCCUGCCUUUUCUAUGAAGACGGGGACAGAGCCAUCCCUCCGGGUUUAUUAUACACUGUCAGAUGUCGGUGCCAAUCAAACAGUGCUCUUUGCUAACCCCAACUUUCUGCGUAGCAUUGGGAAGUUCUGGAAAAGUAGGGGAAUUCAUGCCAAACGUCUGUCCACAGGACUCUUUCUGGUGAGCGCAGCCCUGGGCCUCUGUGAAGAGGUGGCUCUCUAUGGCUUCUGGCCUUUCUCUGUGAAUAUGCAUGAGCAGCCCAUCAGCCACCACUACUAUGAUAAUGUCUUGCCCUUUUCUGGUUUCCAUGCCAUGCCGGAGGAAUUUCUCCAACUCUGGUAUCUUCAUAAAAUUGGAACACUGAGAAUGCAGCUAGAGCCAUGUGAGGAUGCUUCACUCUCACCCACUUCCUAGGGACAGUGGGCAAAGAAAGAACUAAGCCAGGGUAUUUUUGUUAGGUUUCUAUGUGACUGCAAAAGGAAAUCAUCAAGUCGUUCCAUGGAUUUGCAUGGGCUGCUUGGAAACAACAAUGACCCAACAGAAACUCCACUUUUGAUGUUGGUUUGGAGGACAAAUAGGAAGCCAAACAUUCUCUGAAACAUUUUAUAGCACAGUGUGGAUUUGUGCCUAAUAAUCUGACAACAAGAUGUCGGUAAAGCACAUUGACAUGGGUUAAAUCUAGAAGGUGCAGUUCACAAACAAGAUGGAACUCUGGUUGUUGAAGCUGAAAAGUUAAUCAAGGUAAAAUAAAGGAAUUGCCAGAGCAAAAGUAUUGCUGGUUAUCAAUACAAAAUGGCUUAAUUAAAAAAAACAAAAAACAAAAAAAAAAAAACAAAAAAACCUACUUA